AUGGUCAAUGAAGAGUCGGACAAGUUUAUGUACUACUUUAUGGAGUUUGGGGCUUCCAUCCGUGGAUAUGCAAACAUGAGAAACGUCAUUGCCGUUGAUGGCACGCAUUUUUCUGGCAAGUACGAUGGUGUGUUGUUGUUUGUUGUUGCUAAAGAUAUGCAGAAGCAUAUCUAUCCCUUAGCGUAUUGUGUGGUAGAUAAGGAGAAUGAUGCAUCGUGGAGCUUCUUCUUUGAAAAGCUUAAGACCGUUGUGGUCGAUGAACCAGAGUUGUGCGUUAUCGACUACAGACACAUAAGCAUAGCCAACAAACUCACAAGGCAUUAUCCACUUGAGUAUCAUGAUUCUGUCCUUUUGUACUACCAUGCGGCCAAGGCGUACACGUUGGAAGAAUUUAAUGACUUCUUCAAUGUCAUUAAAGAAAAAUGCCCCAGCGUAGCAGCUUUCUUCGAGCAUGACGUUGAAUUUAAAAAGUGGAGCCGAUCUCACUUUCCAGGUAAUAGUUUUAACGUCAUGACCACAAACAUCGCCGAGUCGCUCAACGUAAUAUUUCUCAAUGAAAAAGAGUAUCCAGUGGCGGCCAUCUUCAAUUCAAUUGCACAUAGGUUUGGCAAAAUAUUCAGAAAUAGGUAUGCGGAGGUGAACAAUUCAAGGAAUACAUUUGUUCCCGUAGCCGAGAAGAUCUUGAGGAAAAACAUGACCGAGGGUAACAAAUUAUAUGUGAACAACAUAAAUGGAAGCACCGAUGAAUUCACCGUGCUUGGUUGUGGUCCUUCCGCCAAAGUAAAUCUAUCGAAAAGGCCAUGUUCUUGCAGGAAGUUCGACUUGGUUAAAUUGUCAUGCGCUCAUGCAAUGGCAGCAUCGCAUUUGAAGCAUGGGGACAAUUACGGUACUAGUAUUUACAACUACUCUUCGCCCAUUUAUUCGAAAGAAUCAUACCUCCUUUCAUACUUGGAACUAAGUUGUGUAGUACCUCCAGAGUCAGAUUGGAGCGUAGCGCGAGAGUAUCUAAAACUGCAAGUUCUUCCACCCGAUUUCGAUCUUAAACUAGGAAGGAGAAAGGUGGGAUGCGUUAAGGGUAUGUUGGAGUCUUCAAGGCCCAAGAAAAUGAGUAAGUGCUCCAAGUGA